UGAGUUGUGAUAAGUGACAAUUUGGAUUUUUGAACAAACAGUGAAGUGGAUUACCGAAAAGGAUUUAUUCUAAGUGUCAACAUUGGAUUAUGAAUUAAAUAUUUCUGCAGUGAAAUCAAGAUUUGUGUUACGUGAAAGUGGCAUUCAAGGGGUGCCUUGGAACAUCAGGACGGCGCACUCCAAUAGUACGGCCGGAUACGCGGGCUCUAUCAUCACCUACGGGGGAGCACAAGCUCCCGAUAGUGGAAAACACAACCCAUUGCAAGGGACCAUUGGAUACAGAGUCAACACCCCUAGCGGCUAUGGGUGCGCCGGCGGUUCGGGCGCGAUGAGCGGCGGGGGCGAGAACGCGCAGUUCGGCGCCACCGCCGCAAUGGUCGCCGCGGCCACCACGGCCGCGAUGCAGGACUCGCAGCCUUUCUCGCAGAUGCAAAACAACAUGACUAUGGGAAAUCCCCAAUAUGGCGCGAUGAAUGGCUACGGUCAACAACGCAGCCAUAACCCAGCCAUGACUGGGAUGGGGAUGGGAGGUAACGGCGGGAUGAACGGAAUGACCAGCAUGGGACAGAUGGGAAACGCUGGUAUGAAUGGCAUGAACCCAAUGGCGCAGAUGGCUAACAUGGGUAUGCACGCCAACAUGAUGCCGUCCCAGAUGGGGCCUGGACAAAUGAGCAGCUCGGCAAAGAUGGGACCGGGAUAUCAAAGGCGACAUACGCCAUAUCCAUCCGGUACCAUGCUCAUGGGCCAGCGAAAGACGCAGUACAUGAGUGGGCAGCCCGGUUUUGGGCCAACUCAGUACCCUGCAGGGUACGGCGGUAGACCAGGCUUCCAAGGGCAGUACCCACCGCAGCAACCAUUAGGGCCGAGCGGAAACUUCGGUGCAGCGAUGAGAGGAACAAUGAGACAGUCAACACCGCCGUACUCGAACCAGGGGCAGUACUUCAAUGGUGGUGUGCCAAGCCAGUUCCCUCAGCAUCAGAAUAGUAAUGCGCAAUAUGGUGGGCAAUACGGUGGCCAGUUCGCGCAAGAGGUAGCAAUGCGCACCAACAUGAGUUAUCAACACAGUCCGGUUCCUGGUAAUCCAACGCCCCCGCUAACGCCCGCAAGCAGUAUGCCCCCUUACAUCAGUCCUAAUGGUGAUGUGAAACCCCACUUCAACGAGCUCAAACCACCUAUGGGCAUGCAAAAUGACGAGCUCCGGUUAACAUUCCCCGUAAGAGAUGGUAUUAUAUUACCACCAUUUAGAUUAGAACAUAAUUUAGCAGUUAGCAAUCAUGUAUUUCAAUUAAAACCCACGGUCCAUUCAACGUUAAUAUGGAGAUCGGACCUUGAGUUGCAAUUAAAAUGCUUCCACCAUGAGGAUAGACAGAUGAACACCAACUGGCCUGCAAGUGUUCAAGUGUCGGUCAACGCGACUCCAUUAGUUAUAGAUAGAGGAGAGAACAAAACAUCACACAAACCAUUGUACCUGAAAGAAGUGUGCCAGCCAGGCCGAAACACGAUACAAAUCACCGUCUCAGCUUGCUGUUGUUCACAUCUGUUUGUAUUACAAUUAGUGCAUCGGCCGAGCGUACGAAGUGUAUUGCAAGGCCUAUUAAGAAAACGCCUAUUAACAGCAGACCACUGCAUCGCGAAAAUCAAGAUGAACUUCAAUCAGACACCGACGAACGGUAGCAAUGGAUCUAACACAGCUAACGACAGGGACAGCGUUGAACAAACAGCUUUAAAAGUAUCGUUAAAAUGUCCAAUCACGUUUAAAAAGAUCACACUACCGGCACGUGGGCAUGAAUGUAAACACAUACAAUGCUUCGAUCUCGAGUCAUAUUUACAACUUAACUGUGAACGAGGGUCAUGGCGGUGUCCGGUUUGCAACAAACCAGCACAGUUAGAAGGUUUGGAAGUUGAUCAAUACAUGUGGGGUAUCCUUAAUACGUUGAACAGUUCAGAUGUAGAUGAAGUAACGAUCGAUAGCGGUGCUAACUGGAAAGCAACUAAGAUCGCCAACAAUACUGGAAUAAAGCAAGAAGAAGAUAGCAGUGAUGGUAGCGUCGGAAAACGCAGUAAAGCGGUAUCACCGGGAUCCAUGAACAUGCCAACGAUGAACAACUGGGACAUGAACCAAGCUCUAUCACCAUACCUUCCUCCAGACAUGAACACAAUCGCUAGUGGCUCAAUGAUCUCUUCAUACAACCAGAACGGACAGAAUAGAAAUUCAAGUUCGAACAAUCAGAAUUACGACUUUGGUAUGAAUAAUGGGCCUGGCAGUAACGAGUUUGCAGGAAACGGACCUCUUUCACAUCUGAAUGAGAGCGUCAACUCAUUAGAUCCUCUCAACGCAAUGGAGAAGAGCCUCAACGAUCAGAUGCCGCAUACGCCCCAUACACCGCACACGCCUGGGUCGGCGCACACGCCGGGCGGCGGUGGCGCGCAUACGCCCGGCUCGUCACACACGCCGGGUCCGCCGUCCGUAGACCAUCACUCGCUCACAGAUGUCGACAUACCCGCCGACCUCAACUUCGAUCCCGCCGCCGUCAUAGAUGGAGAAGGGACAGAUAAUCUCAAUUUAUUGCCGGAGACAAGCGUGGACCCGAUGGAGCUGUUGUCGUACUUAGACGCGCCGGCACUCGGUGAGCUACUAGCGACGCCGCCGUCAUCAUCGUCGUCGGCGGGCAGCCACCCGCCACGAGCGCCAUCCUCCGACGACCUCCUAGCGCUGUUCGAGUGAACGUAGUGAUCUGUCGAGAUGUACGUAGACGGGAUUACAACAAGUCAAUUAAAUUCACCUCAACAAAGGAAACUGAAGAUCUCCAAUUGUACUUAACAGAUAAUACUCUACCACGUUUUGCCUGUUUCAAGGCCUGUCAACUAACUUAUGAGGAAAUUAAACUUUCUAACAUCAACUACCGUCUACGUAACUCGCUUGUUAGAGGGAUUUGUUCGCUCGAGUGUCAAACUAGGCGUUUGUUCAACUCGCAAUCAAGCCAGAAGCCCGAUAUUGUGAUAUUAGAUUUUAGUUCCUUCUCCACGUGUCGCUGGGUUGAGUAUUGCAAAGCGUUCGAACAGUAGAUGCUAUCAGAAUCUCUGUCACCUUGUAAAGGUGUUAUCGUCUUGUAGAAGUUCAGACAACGCUGUCGUGUUGAACGCAGCGGCACACCGAGGCAUCAAUUGUUGAAACAAUGGUGUUGGAGAACAUUUAUUAGGUAUAUAAGUAAAGUAUUGGAGGCGAACGGCCAUAGACACUGCGGUGUUGUGCAUGUAUAGUUCCUCGCACCGCCGCACACACGGUGGCGCUAUUGAGCUCCUUUAAUAUUCUAAACUCUAGCAUAAACUGUAACACAAAUUUUCAUUAAUAAUUCAACUUCUUAUUCGAUAUAACUGUAAUCGAUUAGAGAUUUUAAUUUGUGUCCAUAAUUUGUGAAUAGUUCACCAGGUUGUAAAUAAUAAAGAGGAGUUAUUUUAUUUGUGCUAGUUGUUUUGUGUACUGUGGACGGAGCUGGGCGGCUUCUUGUAUGUAUAGGAUAGCGCGAGUGCGGCCGGCCCGUCCGGAGGCAUUGUGAAUCUUAUAGUUCCUAUUGGAUGCGAGCGAACUAUAAUGUUCAAUUGCCAUUUACUGUAAACAUAUUCCUUCAAGUUUUCGCAUAUUCUGCAUUUUUAAAUGGUAAGAUAUGAUAGGAUUCGUGAGUAUAACGCUACUCGCUUUUGGGUGAUAUAUUCUAAAUGAGUUGUUUGAAAUCAACAAAUAAAUGGUAACAAAUUAGUUACAAAAGUAUAUUGUAAAUGUGAGUGCAAAAAUGAACUCUGUUAAAUUAUUUUGCGUUAUGUGAAUCGAAGAAUGAUAGAAAUAUAUUUUAAUUUCUAUAUAAAUAGUAAUGAACUGUAUUAUUUGUAAAUAUGAAUCUAGAUAAGAAUAUUAUAUUACCUAGUUAUAUAUAGGAAAAGAACAUGGCAGAUACUUAUAUGACGGCCAGUUUAGUAUAGUAUUACUAAAUUAAAGAAAAAUCUACACAUGGUUUUACAUGUACAUACAAAAUUACCAUACCUAUUACACAAGUCUAUGCGUUUGGAGCCCAGUACAGUAAGCUAACAACUUAUCUAUUAACAGUCGACUCUAUUCAUUAUUUAUUUAUUAAUACGUCUCUUACACACUUACUGCUACUUAAUAUUUUUGUCAUUACACAUAUAUUCUACGAGUUUCAUUGAACUAGUCCCUUUGUAUUAUAUUAAUUUUGUCCGGAAAUAAGUUCCUUUUACUUGAGUUGAUAAAUUAAUGUAGGUAUUCUUAAUUUGAAAUGAGACCAUGUAAUAGUAUCUGUAGAAAGUAAUAACUUAAUGCAUGCGAUAUUUAUUGAAAUAAUUCUCACCUUGUUGUUCACUUUAAGUUGAUGGUACUGUAUUUGUGCUCUAAAACGUUUCUCUAUUUACAAGUGCAAACCGCCAAUAUAAUUCAUAGAAAAAAUAUGUUACAUCUGUGCUCAUCUUAAUUUUGUUUCGUUUUGCCCACCUCAGAUACACAUUAAAGCAAUAAUAAUAAAGUGCUGAUUAUAUAAAAUUAUUUAAAAUACAUAGUUAAAUGCAUUAUUUUAAAGUAUUUAUAUAAAAUAGGAAUAAAAUUUGCGAUGAGCAUCGAAUUGACAAAAUCUUAUUUCACGUAUUUUCAAAUGUUUGGUUUCAAUUUUGAUGUUUGCGCAAGCUAAUUCAACUAUAUUUGUUUUAACUUAUUUUUUUAUAUCUAUAUAUUUAGAGUAACGCGCAGCGCAAAUUAUCAACAACAUUAUUUCUAAAUGGAAUUAAGUUCCCAUAAAAUUUGACAUCAUGACACCACAAUUCAUUUAGAUGUUGUAAAUUUUUCAAACGUAUGGUUAAUUCAAUUAAUAACAGUUUAUAAAGAUAUCUCUAUCUUAAGAGUUGUACGUAAAACUGUCGAUUCUUUACUACUUAUGUAAAUUGAUGAUUUGCGCAUCUUAACUUCAUGCUAUGAAUAUGGACGCCUCUUUAGAGUUAGUCAAUCUAUUACGAAAAACAAUAAAAUUAGUAUUAUACAAAGCCGUGGUCAAUUAUUCAAACAAGUUAGAAAUAAUUUACGAAUCGUUGUCAAGUUUUUGUUGUCGUCCGUUCGUGGUUGAUUGAUUGUGUGUCUAGUUGAUCACAGCUUUAGCAUAAAUUACAUAAUUUUAAGGGACCUUCAAUUCCAGUUAGCUAGAUCUAUUUAUUGUAGUGAAUAUUGCUAUUGGGUGAAUCAUCGCGCCGAUUUUUGUGUGACCAAAUAGUAAUUUUUUACGUGUUUACCUAUUUUAGGUAAUUUAAAAUUAAUGAAUUCGUUUAUAUAAAAAUUGAAAAUAUCACAAAAAAUUUAUAGCAUAUCACAUUAUAAAAAAAAUAGCAAAAAUCUAAUCGAAUGAUUCAUCCAAAUGAGUAAACAAUUACAAUAUUAUAUAUUUUGUUGAAUAUUAUAAUGAACUGCUGUGAAGUAGAUUUUGUGCUCGUACAAAUAUAAGCAGCAUUUGGAAAUAAGUGAAAAAGAAUUCUAAAUAAGGUAACAUGCGACCCAUGACUCAGAAGUUAAUGCAAAGCCAAACUGUAUUGUAGCGUAUUUAACAUUUGAACAUUAUGUGAACAUUUUUAGCAAUCAGGUUGGUACCCACUGAAUUCAUUUCGAAAUGUGUAAAAUGAAAAAAAAAACAUAACAUUUUUAUGUUAUUGAAAAUAAAAUAAAUCUAAAAAUUAUAA